CCAGCGGGCCGAUCCGCUGCAACUUGGGGCGGGGCCGGAGAGCGCCGACCGCGGCGAGCACAGGGCCGGACUCGAACCGGGCCCGCCUCGGCGACUGCUUCCUCCGGGCGGGUGGCCGGGAGAGCCUCGUUCGGGGGCAGCUCGCUGGCCUCCAGGCAGCAGGGCCUGAGCAGCCGGGUGGCCCUUGGCAGAGGAAGGCCGUUCCUGUUAUUGGCGAGGCCGUGAGGGAGGACCCGACUUUUUUGAAAGGCCUUGGAUGGUCGUUGACAUCCGGGGCAGUUGCCGCUAGGACCUGCCUCUGGGCUAGCUGACCGACAAGGAGGAAGCAGCAAUGUCUGCCGUGGGGGCUGCCGCUCCAUACCUGAAUCACCCUAGUGACAGUCACAGUGGCCGGGUGAGUUUCGUGGGGGCCCAGCCGCCCCCAGAGGUGGCAGCAAUGCCCCGCCUCCUGGGGGACCUGGACAGGGGAACAUUCAGAAAGCUCCUGAAGCUGGUGGUCAGCAGCCAGCAGGGAGAGGACUGCCGUGAGGCUGUGCAGCGCCUGGCGGCUGGGGCAUGCCUGCCCGAGGAGCGGCUGGGCGCCCUGCUAGCCGGCACGCACACGCUGCUCCAGCACGCCCUCCGGCUGCCCCUGGCCAGCCUAAAGCCCGAUGCCUUCCAGGACCAGCUCCAGGAGCUCUGCAUCCCCCAAGACAUGGCCGUGGACUUGGCCAGUGUGGUUUUUGGGAGCCAGCGGCCUGUCCUCGACUCCAUGGUCAGGCAGCAGGGGGCCUGGCUGCCCCAUGUCACUGACCUGCGCUGGCGGGUAGACGUGGCCAUCUCCACCAGCGCCCUGGCCCGCUCUCUGCAGCCGAGCAUCCUGAUGCAGCUGACGCUUUCAGACGGGUCAGCGCACCGCUUCGAGGUCUCCACAGCCAGGUUCCAGGAGCUUCGAUACAGCGUGGCCCUGGUCCUAAAGGAGAUGGCCGACCUGGAGAAGAGGUGCCAGCGUAAACUGCAGGACUGACGCACUUGGGAGUCCUGCUCUGGUUACCUGGGGACACCUCCAAAGCCAAGCCCGCCCUGCCCAGGAGCCACUCUUCAGGGAGUGUGUCAGUGCGGUCAUGUCAUUCUCAGUUUACUGAAAAGGACAGCUGUGUCUUUAUUUGGAAGUAAAGCAACUAUACAAAUGGC